UGUCGAGAUUUUUAAUUAAUUUUAAAAAAGAAGCUCUGUUUUACGGGCUAAAAUGUGGAACGGAGGCGAUGGUCAAUUUAGUGACUACGAAGAGGACCUAUCGGCAAAAGUCAAAACAGUGAGGUUUGCCGAAGAACCUACAUACAAGAAAAUCAGUAGUGAAGAUGACAUGGAUUCUGAUGAUUACUUCUAUGAUUCAGAUGACCCAUUAAAGAAAAAGAAAGGAACAAAUACACAAGGAUCUUCUAAUAAGAUUACCAAUUACCAACCGACAGAUAAACUGUUUAAAAAGUACAUGAAUAGAAUAAAUGUUGAUCAAUAUGAGCCCAUUCUUUCAAAUAAAGCUGAGAAAUUCAUGGACCUCAACGACCGUAAGACAGAUAAUGAAAGAAUACGAAUUAAAGAUAAAUGUGACAGGGCCACAGCAGAACAAGUUAUGGACCCUAGGACGAAAAUGAUUCUUUUCAAACUUCUUAACAGAGGUAUCAUUAAUGAAAUUAAUGGAUGCAUCUCCACAGGUAAAGAAGCUAAUGUUUACCAUGCAACUUCUAAAGAAGGCAGAGAUUACGCUGUGAAAAUAUUUAAGACCUCCAUAUUGGUCUUUAAAGACAGAGAUAAAUACGUCUCAGGAGAAUAUCGAUUUAGAAAUGGUUAUUGUAGGUCUAAUCCUCGUAAAAUGGUUCGUACCUGGGCUGAGAAAGAGAUGAGAAACCUUGUAAGAAUGCAUAAUGCAAAGCUACCAGUCCCUGAACCAAUUAUUCUACGGAGCCAUGUGCUAGUAAUGGAAUUUAUGGGUGAGAAAGGCUGGCCAUCACCGAAACUUAAAGAUGUGGAUAUAUCACAAUCAACUGCAAGAAUAUUGUAUCGAGACUGUAUUACUAUGAUGUGGAAAAUUUUUAACAUCUGCAAAUUAGUUCAUGCUGAUUUGUCCGAGUUUAACUUAUUGUAUCAUAGAGGAAAUGUAGUUGUAAUUGACGUAUCACAGUCUGUGGAACAUGAUCACCCACAUGCUUUUGAUUUCUUGAGAAAGGAUUGCACAAAUAUUUCAGAUUUCUUUAGGAAAAAAGGUGUUGCUACAUUGACUGUUAAAGAACUGUUUGAUUUUAUUACGGACUCAUCUAUAAAUGAGAGCAAUCUGGAAGAAUGCUUAGAAAAAUUGUCUGUGAAGGCAGCUGGAAGAGACUUUGAGGAAAUGACUGCUCUAGAACAAAUUGAAGAGGAGGCUUUUAAGAGCAUAUACAUUCCUAAAAGACUUACAGAGGUUAUAAACUAUGAACGAGAUAUAAACAAGGCAAAAGAAGGUGAAACUGAGGAGUUAGUAUACAAGAAGAUUGCAGGAUUCAAUGAAGACAUCACUGGUACUGUUCACAAGCCUCAGAUCCUACUGGAACAUGAAGUUUCAGACAGUGGUGAGGGAAGUUCUGAAGAUGAAGUUGAAAAUAAAGAAUCCAGGUUUAGUAACUCAGCACGCCCCAGAGAUGAGUCUCCAGACAGUAAAAAGGCAAGGAAAAAGGCGUUCAAAGAAGACAAAGCUGAGAAGAGAAAAUCGAAGACACCCAAGCAUAUUAAAAAGAAACGCGACAAGGGACAUGGGAAAAAAUAGAUACAUCUGCUGUGUAUACAGGGUGUCACACGGCUAUACGGCACGGAGGGAAGUAAUACUACUAUAUUACAAAGGCAUUAAUCUUUAUAAUUGACCCUUUCGAUCAGCAACAUAAAAAUACUGGAUGCUUUUUUACUUUUAGUCAGUUCGGUUUCCAGGUGAAGCAAGCGACUUAAAUCUUUGAAUGCAGUACUUUUAAAAAUAAAAUAAUGUGUCCGUAAAUAUAUAUAAAGUACUUUCCCUCCGUGUCGCGUAGUCGUUGAACACCUUGUACACUUUGUACCUUUGUACGUCGCCAGAUAUAAUAAUAAAAUUGUUUACUUCACACAUUCAUACAUAAGUAUAACCAAAAAAAUAUAUUUUAGGAUCAAACAAUAGUAGUGGCAGAUAAAAAGUUCUGUUGCUCAGCAAAAUGGCGGAGUGUUUUGCAAUGCCGCUGAUAUUACAUUACAUUAUUUACAUACACAUUUACACAUUGCAUUAUUAUAGUUUUACAAUGCCGUGUUAAAAAAGAACACACCAUCGCCCAUAGUUUUUUUUGUUUGAAAUUUUUGGGCUAUUUUCUGACUUCAUUAACGCCAAAAAUGUUGUAUAAAAGCACAGAUAAAAGUGAAUAGUUGCUACAACAUAAUGUGCUGGUGGGUGUAAAAAAAUUGCUACAAAACCCAGUCAAAUGGUUGCACAUAAGAAAUACAGACGAUUGGUGUGCUAAUAUUAAUUUAUUCGACUAGUUAUUGCUUGAGUAAUUUUGUUUUUCUGGUGACAACUAUAUUUUUUAUACUACUUUAAUGAAAAGUUUACGUGUUGCCGAGUUCUGAAGUGUAUAUACAAUAUAA